AUGACUCAAGGCUCAGCAUCACAGGAGCGCCGUCGCUAUUGGCUGCUCACAUCUCCUCGCACAGCGUCCAACUUGCUGGUCAAGGUGCUGAACCUUGACGAGCAGGGCGUUCGUCCCGCUCGUGAAGGCGGAUAUUUCUUCCUGCCUUCAAUCGGAACGCGAUUGAAUCUACUCCAGAAGCCCAUGGAAGACUGGACUGAGGAGGAGUGUAAGGACCUGGAAGAUCGACAGAAGGAAUGCCUGAGCCGGCUUGAGGAAUACAUCGCCGCUGCCGACCAGGAAGGGCAACUCGUCUAUGUCAAGGAGCACGCAAUUAUGUUGACGAGUGCUUUCUAUGAUUCUCAGUACACGUAUGGAACCGUCAAUGUCCCUGGGGAGCCCAAAACCUUUGUCACGACAAACGCGCCGAACCCAACUCGUUCGUCGCUCAACCUCACGUUUCUGCCUGACGAGUUCCUCAAGAUUUGGAGCCCAACAUUUCUAAUUCGCCAUCCUGCCAUGCAACUUCCAUCUUUAUUCCGAACUUGCCUCACCAGGAUGGAGAUGGACGGCUUUUCCCGCUGGCAGAAGGAGCCCCUUGACAUCGAGGUGACUAUGAAGUGGUUCCGAGCCAUGUAUGACUUUUACGUCAAACAUUUCGGAGAGGAUAGCCAGUGGCCGAUUGUUCUCGAUGCCGACGAUAUCAUGACCUCCCCUAACUUGGUUUCCAAGUAUGCUGCACUGGCAGGUCUCGAUCAGGACAAGCUACGAUUCUCCUGGGACAAGGCAAACAAGGAGAAGCUGGAUAGCCUGUCGAGCAUGGAGCAAAGGAUGUUGAGCACCAUCAAUGCAAGCUCCAAGAUUGAUUCAUCAAAAGUAGCUGGAAAUAUCGACAUUGACGAUGAGGCUGCCAAGUGGAGGAGUGAGUUUGGCGAGGAAGGGGGACGGAAGUUGGAGCAGUGGGUUAGGGAUGCGAUGCCGGAUUAUACCUUUUUGCAUUCGAAGAGGCUGAGGGCGGACUAA